AUGGAUGACUCAGUCGCGACAAGUACUGGCCGCGAUUCGCAUCUCCAUUCGCCUCCACAAACAAUGGCAAGUACUGGAGCGCAGAUGACAUUCUCAGAGGGCGACACAAAUUCUGAGCGCUUCAGGCGGCUGUGCCUCAUGAACGAUGCCGUUCUGUAUGAAGAUGAACUUCUACAAAUUGGCGUGAAAGCAGAGUACAGUGGGCUUGAAGGUCAGAUUGCGGUUUUUUAUGGAAACAAAGGUCACGCGGCGUUGCAGACCUUCAUGGCACAAUAUUUUGUGCGGGAGGACAUUCCAUGCUGGGAUGCAAUACCUCAAUGCCAUGCCUUGCCGCCGAUUCUGUUCAGCAGGCCCAAAAACGAAUUCCCCAGGGCAAGCUCCCCUGCCCUAUCCUUCUUCACCGCCGGCUGGCUUUCCAAGAGUUUCUCCACUUGCCGCCAAACGGCACACUUGAACCCCCAAGAAAAGAGUCUUCCGGCACAGGUGGUGGCCACAGCAGCGCGUUUGCAAGCUGUGUGGAGUGGUGGCCACAGCAGCGCGCCCCAAGAAAAGAGUCUGCCGGCACAGGUGGUGGCCACAGCAGCACGUUUGCAAGCUGUGUGGAGCCGCUGCGUGGUGGCCACAGCAGCACGUUUGCAAGCUGUGUGGAGUGGUGGCCACAGCAGCGCGCCCCAAGAAAAGAGUCUGCCGGCACAGGUGGUGGCCACAGCAGCACGUUUGCAAGCUGUGUGGAGUGGUGGCCACAGCAGCGCGCCCCAAGAAAAGAGUCUGCCGGCACAGGGGGUGGCCACAGCAGCGCGUUUGCAAGCUGUGUGGUGGUGGCCACAGCAGCGCGUUGGCAAGCUGUGUGGAGCCGCUGCGCAGCCUUUUAAGGCAGAGAUCAUGGCGCUGUUGGAGAAAGCGAAAGGCGGGGAGAAACUGGUGAGCAUGAUUGACAAGAUCCUCGCCCUUCUCAAGAAAAGGGGUUUGGCCUGGUCGCAGAAGCUUCUGCCUCACCAGGUAGGCUGCCAUCCUCGCAACAGAGACGGACUUGGCAUCUCCACAUCAGAAGUUCAUGGUCUCAUCACAGACAUCGUGCAAGUAGGAUUUUCUCCAGAGGAAGUUCGCUGCAUUUGCUUCGAAACGGAUCCAUCCGAGACAGAGGUUGUGAACUUCAACCGCCGGCUGCACAAGGAAAGUGCAGGGAAGCUAGCAAGCCUCAACACCGAGUUGAUCAGGUAUGCGAGCGUUGCAGGCUCUCACCUGAACGCUGGGUUGAAUUGCUGGAUCCAUGGUGUCAUGCACGACAACCCAGCAUGCACAGGCCAAGAUGGGAAACUGUCACUGGCAAAAUUGUCAGAGAUGGACAAGGCCUAUCAUGCAGACUGCACAGAGGGCCUGCCAUGGCUGGUGGUCAGCAGCCAAAUUCCUCAUGAGUUUCCUGAGCUCCCGCACCUACUGCAAUCUUCCAUGAACGUGGCCUCACAUCUGAGCCGUUCGGAGUCAGAGCUCCAGCUCCUCCGGAAGAUUUGGGCUGCUGUGGUUGCUCAGAUGGGCCAAGGCAAGACGGUCAUCACAUGGAACGAUGUGAAGACUGCUGUGCUGAUAUCCAAGCCAACGUUGGCUAUGGCAUGCCCCAUGAUGUUUGGGUUCGUGCUGAAGUUUUCCGGCGGUGUUUCUGGCCAUUUGAUGGACGAAACGGAAAGUUGCAUUCGUGCACAUGGGCAUGCUCGAAGGAGUCUGGGGCCAGAUGUCUUUGCAGCUCUUAGCCAGGACUUGAAGGGCACUGAGCAGUAUGCCAUAUAUCGCCACUGUGUUUUGAGGGCUCUCUACAUGGUGCCGGACAAGGUUCUUGGUAUCGGUGACGUCCGCAAAGCAUUGGCAGGGAAUAUGAUUCCUGGCAUGAAGGAUGCCGAGGCUGCCAUGGCAUUGGCUCAGCAGCUCUGCACCACACACCAGCUAGGAGACUCCGACAAAUUGCAUGCAAUUGGCCUCAUGUCAGUGAACCUUGUGUUGGCAACCAUCAAGAAGGUUCACAAGGAUCUCCCAAAACUGCAGUCUGUCAGUGACGCAGGACAAAGGGAAUGUUUCGAAGCCUGCCGCUUCAAAGGCGAAGAUGCCAAAAUCAACAGCGCUCCUAGGCUGCGAGCAUUGGACUCCAGCGGCAAAUCCGCCGAUGCGGCAUUGUUGAAGGACGCAGGCUUUGCAGUCGGCAUGCAGGUGAAGAGAAAGUCGGAUGGCAUGGAGGGAACCAUCAAGCAGAUGACCCCAAACAAUGUGUUGCUUUUGGUUGGGGGCGUUGAGAAGUCCGCAUCCGCAGAAUCUUUCUUGAAACAAGAAUGGAAAGAAGUGGCUGUCAAAGCUGACCCAGUGAAGAUCGAAAACUGGAGUCAGCAUUCCCCGGAAACCAACAAGUAUUUCUUUGUUCAAGUUUUGAAGGGCCAGAUUCUCAAGGAGAUGUUCGCGAAGGCGAAGGGGCAAGCAUCCCUAUCUCUUGAGGUUUACUCGAAACCGAAGAAUGUCAUUGUAACAAAGGAUUACAAGACUCGUCAGUUGAAAAUCCCAAUCAGCACCAUGCGGGUUGACAUCAGAGGUGAUGACAAGGUGCCCCCGAAUUCCAUUUGCCUUGGCAAGAGCUCCAAGGAUGGUGAUGUUUGGAAGAUCUAUUUGAUGCCAUACGUCACAGAGACCUUCGUCGCGCCGUGCUGGCACAUCAAGGUUGAACACGAAAAGAAGGAUUGCAAUCUGGUCUUGUCGCAGGACCUGAGUAAACAAGAUGUGACCUUAGGUGGCUGGGUCGAAAUUCCUUUCCUCCAGAACAGUUGCCCAGUGACAAAGGGAACAUCACUUGUUUUGUACAGGCCGAAGCCACCACAGGUCACAGCACAAGUGGAGGAGUUGAAAGAUGUCAAGAGACGUAAGACAAGCAAAGCCGCAGAGAAUGCUGAGUGCAAUCGUCGAUAUCAGGAGACCAUGCGGCUAUCAGCAGAGGCUAUAGGGGAUGAGUGGAAGCCCACCAAAAACUCCAUGAUGGCGAAGGAUGAUCACCGCCUCAUCGUGGCACAGUACAUCACGAUCGCUCUGCCAGUGCUGCAAAAAGAUGCCGAGUGUGUUGGCCCUUUGGAGGCAAAAUGCCUGUGGGGCACCAAAGCAGCUGACCUGUGGCUGGAGCUCAACACCGAUGUGUUGCACUACUUGUCCGUUGCCAUGAAGAUGCCGGCAGAUGGCGGUGAGGCUGCAGAUGCUCAGCCUCAUGAUGACUCUGCCCCUGCAUCUGAAGCUGCCGGUGAGGCCGCUGAACAUGUCGUGAAAUCUCCCAAAAAGAAGAGGAUACGAUUCCAGCCAAAACGGUCCCCCAAGAAAAAGGCCAAGAAGACUCAUGAGCCAGCUCAAACAGUGGGUGAGGAGGAAGGCGAUGAUGCGAACAAGGAAUCUGAAAGCGAGGCAACAGCUGCUCCCAUGCACAAGGGUGAUAAAGACCCUCCGCCGGAUGUGGAGGCUGAAGACUAUGAGACCGAGGACGAGGCAGGGCAUGAUGAGUGGAUCCGCAAGAUGGAGACCAGCCCUGGUGUACCCACUGCAGGCGAUGAUGAUCACCCUGAAAGUGGGGUAUAUCAGGAACAAGAGGAAGAGGAGGAGGUGACCAAGGAUGAAGAAAUCAAUCCAGCCGAUGAAGCCCCAGAGGAAGUUCCACCUGAGGAAGAUGCUGAUGAGCAUAUUGACGGAGAUGGUCAAUCAGAUGCAGCCGACAAGAACCUCUACGCAGAUGAGUUGGAAGAGGAUGAGAAGGACCGAAAUGAUCUGCAGAAGUUCGUGGAGGGCGAGCACGGCAAGAAGGUGCAACAGAGUCACCAUGGUCAAGAAGGGUGGAGUCAGAAGUACCGCAACAAGGGGUACAACAAUGGAUAUAAGGGCAACAACAAGAAGCAGUAUGGCAAGGGCUGGCAUGGCAAGGGCUGGCAGAAAGGAAAAGGCAAGGGCAAGUCCAAGGGCUAUCGCUGGCCAAAGUGGCAUCAGGAUUGGAACUACAACCGUGAGGAUUGGGGCAAGCAUCAAUGGUGGGAUUGGGAUGAAGGUGCCACGAAGGAGCAAGAUGCUGGUGUGGUGCUCCAGCAGUGCAAGAAGGGCGGCUACUAUUUGCCCAAGGGGCAGGGCUAUUUGGAUCCUGAUGGGAAUUUCCAUCCGCAGCUUGGCUUUGAUCAGCCUGGGGAAGGAUUGGCCGAGCAAGGCAAGACCAGAAUCAGGGGCGGUGCCAAGGCACAACAGCAGAAGCGCAAGCUUCAGCAGGAGAGCGAGAAGCUGGAGCAGACCAAGCACCAGCGAACGAUGAUGGACAGAUUGGCAUCCCUGGCUGAGAAGGCCAGAACUUUCUUUCGAGUGCCGGGACUGCCAGAGAUCCCAGUUGGAGCGUGGGGCUGGUGUCAAGGAUCAUAUCCCAAGAUCAAAGAUUUCCAAGGUCUGUCUUCGGAUGAUUGCAGGCUUGCAUGGGACUGGAUUUUCCCUUCUGGAAUGAUUGUGGCACCCAUUCUUUUAGCACAUGCCCAUGGGUUCGAUGACACAAGUGGACUCAGUUGCGAGAAUGUAGAGCCUCUGCAACUGAACCCUGCGAGCUGGAAUGCUGCCAACUUGGAUUGCGAGGCGGGAACCGCUGUGGGACUCUACGUGUUGUCAACAGCAGUGUCCAUGUUGCAGACUGCAACCAAGAAGGAGUGGGAGACGACGACCAUGUACAUGGCACGGCAGGAGAUCAAAAGGGGUACUAACCUCGCAAUUGUAUUGGCAAGAAAGACUUUUGGCCCAGACACCUCGCAUAUAGUGUUCAACUAUCACCUUGCUGAUCCAUCCAUGGCUGGAGCUGCCGAGUAUGUUUGGGGCAUGGUGAUCAUUGGAACCGAACGCCUCCAGAGCUACUUGCAGCUGAGCGAGGGAGUGAUGACGUGCACGAUCCCUGACAAGGACUUCGAACAUGUGCCGCCAAGGCAGGUGGAGAGACUGGAGGCCCAUGAGGUUAUCUUCAUCCUUGGCAACGGGUAUCCAGCCCUGCGCUACUUGCUGGUGUGCCGCAGCGACGAUGGGCAGUCGGUCCUUUUCCGGGGACCGCAGUGGACGGCAGAUUGCAUCUACUGCAAGAAGAUGUCGCUGAAAACAGUGGUCAUUAAGCUGACUGGCCACUUGGAAACUCGCCCUGACUGGGAUCAGCCCUUGAUCCGCUUCAAAGCCUGGAUGGCAGCGUCGGGCGAGUGUUUGAAAGCCGACGGGUGGCUAUUGCCGUCUUCGGAUCGGAUCUAUCCAAGGCAGAUUCAAGACCUUGCGCAACAUCACAUCGAGGAGUCCUAUAUGGACCAAACGUUGAGUGGGCUGCCGGAGCUUGGGCCUGCCCUGCAAGGCGUGAAUGGUGGUGGGGAUUCAGCGCAUGCUAGUCAACCCAUGCAGAGUCAUUGCAGACUCGCAGGGAAAAAGUUUGUUAGCCAGGCAGCCCUUGCAGAGCUGUUGUCGGAGCUGAAGGAUGCUCCAUUGCCAGAGGCAACGUCACGGUCGAGCAUCAAGAGAGCACGAGAUGAAAAGGAUGAGAUGGAAAGGACACCUCCCAUCCAGAGGCAGCCGUGGUCAAUUGUGCUCUACAGCGAUGAGGUGUCACCAGGUAAGUUUUAUACGUACUACUUCAGCUUCAUGCAGUAUGAUCAGAAGGGCUUGACAACGGAAGACCUUUGGUUCACGUGCGCCUUGUUGAGAACCCACAAGGUGCAGGAACUGCAAGGCGGAGUAUCUGCGCUGAGCAGAGUAGUGGUCAAACUAUUCGAGCCCUUGAAACGUGGUUUUCUUCUCACCUUUAGAAGUGGACAUCGAAAGUUCCUGUUUGGAACCAUGCCGGUCUUAGUGGCCGAUGAAGCCGCGCUCAAGGCGAUGUGGGCCGCGAAGGGAGCUGCAGGUACUGUACCCUGCAUCAUGUGCUGGAACCUAGUUCAGCAGCGCGGUGGACUUCAUUUAGAAGACUCCACUGGCAGGCUUGUGCCUCACACGUGCACAGACCUGAACAAAAUCCUCGCGAGGACCGACGAGGAUUUCAAAACAGCUGCGAGACAUUUGGCUGCUGAGAAGGUCGUGAGGACCAAGAAGCAGGUCGAGAUUCUGGAGCAAAGCCUGGGGAUAAAUUACACCCCAAAGGGGAUGCUGUUUGAUGAAUCUUUAGAUUUGAAGCCAAUCAGCCACACCAUGUACGACUGGCUCCAUAUCUAUUUAGUCAAUGGGCUGUUCGUGACCCAGGUGAAUUUAAUGCUUGAGAUUCUUGGCCGGUGCGGAUGCAGGCACGGCGAUGCCACAGCCUUUUUCACAACUUUUUCUGGUCCGAAAGAACAAGCCUCCAAUCUCAAGGCAGCUGUUCAAACGUUUGAAAAAGCAAAGACCAAAGAUGCGUGGAAGCCUGCUGCUUCGGAGGUGCUCUGCAUCUACCCAUUGUUUCGGCUCCUGGUGUUGCAAACGUCCUUUGACGAUGCUGUGGACAAAGUUGCGGCAAAGUCUUUUCUGAUCCUCUGCAAGAUCUUAGAUUUGUUGUCAGAAGGUGGCAAGGGCAAGCAGGUUGAUCCAGGCAAGCUGGAGCAGCUGAUCCUGCAGCACCUCGAAUCGUUCAAGUCAGCCCAUUCUGCAGAUGACAUGCAGCCCAAGUUUCACUUUAGCAUACACCUCCCUGCUUUGCUGAGACGCCACAAGCUCUUAGUGAGCUGUUGGUGCCAUGAGCGCAAGCACAAACAGUUAAAGAUGUGGGCAAAUCAAAUCAGUAACGCCGGUGACUGGUACGAAAUGUCGGUGUUGAAGGAAGUGAGCCACACAUGCAUGAAGAACCUGCACUCAUUUUGCCCGAAAGGUGUGCACCUGAUCAAGCCCAAAGCAAUGACAGGCAAGAUCAUCAGGAAGAUGGCUUUGGAUUUCUUAGGUCGCAGUGGUCAGGAUGGCAUCAAGGUGUCAACCCAAGCGACCAUCCAUGGCAUGAUCUGCCACACAGGUUUUAAGAGACUGCAGCUUGCAGCUGAUGUGUGGGCCAUUGAAGAGGUCCACGCAGACAUCACCCACAUUCACACGAUGCUUGAAGAGCAAAAGAAGAACCUCCCUGAAGGCCACAACAUGACUUCGGCGAUCGCCAACCAAGCUGCUGGCGUGCUGCAGAUGCUUCGCAAUUUGACAGGAUUGAAUCAUCAACAGAGCAUGCAGAUGCAGCGCCUGGUCCUUGCAGGCCCAUGGACUGGACAGCAAAAAGGUGAGUUUGCUGAUGUGCUCACCAGCCACCACUCAACUGGAGCUUUGAGCAGCAGCCCUCGGCGCCAGCUUGUCGAAAGCUUCUCAGCAUACCUCACCUUGGAGGAUGUGCAAAAGCUGAGUGACCCUCAGCAUUCUUUGCUGGCAAAGAUCCAAGUGCUGGCAGACCGAUGCGUGUCAGUCGGCAGUGUGAGGCCACUGGAGAAAAGUUGGAAGCCUAUCAUGGCGGCAGGAAUUGCCGCUGGUAUGACGAUGCAAAUUCUCGAAAGACUUCCAUACUUAGAGGAGUUGAAAAGACUUGUCGCUAGGGGCAAGAAUGCAAAAGGCCUGCCGGAGCCAUACCUCACCACAUACCCCCAUGACCCUACGGACUUGCCACCUGCAUUGAAACAAUGUUUCGCUGGUUCCACUAUGGGUGGCGUGGAAGAAGGCAAUCCGGCAUCUCCGGAAGAUCUGGUCUACUGGACCCCAAAGGGCAAAGGCAUGGCUGCUCCUCGAGUGCCGUCCAAGUCUCCACCAGAUGAGUCGCAGGACACCCAAGAGAGCCAGCCUCAUGAAGUGAACCCUGCAGGCGUCAAGCCUCUCAAGUUGUUCUACACCGGUGGAGAUGAGACGGAUGACCAGCCAGCUCCGGAGACCUCAUCCCAAAAGCCGUUGGAUGCAAUCCAGCAGGCAGGAGUUGUGGAGGAUGCCAUCGAUCGUCGCUCCAAGGCUGCCAAGAUGAAGAGGCCAGCCGCAGCAGUGCCAGAAUCCAAGCCGAAGAGAAUUGACGCGACAAAGGCGGUGAAAAAGGACAAGGAGCCUUGGAAGAUGGACCGAAAGAACCUGCACAGCAGAACAUACACGGCUGCAAAGUUGAAGGGCCUGAAAGAGGGCAUGACACUGGAAGAUGCAUGCGAGAAGGCAUCCAAGGUGGAUGCUGCAGAGCUGAAAAAGCAUGGCUACGAACCGCACCCGAAGAAAAGGUGGUGGCCACAGCAGCGCGUUUGCAAGCUGUGUGGAGUGGUGGCCACAGCAGCGCGUUUGCAAGCUGUGUGGAGUGGUGGCCACAGCAGCGCGUUUGCAAGCUGUGUGGAGCCGCUGCGCAGCCUUUUAAGGUGGUGGCCUCAGCGCGUUUGCAAGCUGUGUGGAGCCGCUGCGGUGGUGGCCACAGCAGCGCGUUUGCAAGCUGUGUGGAGUGGUGGCCACAGCAGCGCGUUUGCAAGCUGUGUGGAGCCGCUGCGCAGCCUUUUAAGGACUCAGGCCUUCCAAGCUUCCACGGUCCAGCUUGUUGUGGACUAUACCAUUGGGAGCAAUGUGAAUGGCUCCUACUUCCUGGCUUACUUCAGCGAUGGCAAAAGCAGGCCUCUCAGAAAGCCAGCCUCCACAGCUGAGAUUCAAACUGGUUGGUGUGAAGGUCAUGCUGGGAGGUGGAGGAAAGAGCAUGGCAAGCCAGUGGAGACAAUUGGCAUCAAAGAGCUGUCCCAGCUUCUGCUAAUGAAUGACCUGCUGGCCUUGGAAGCUGGCUGCAAACUUCCUGAUGACCUGGCUUUGGAGAAGUUUCAGAAUGGGAAUGAUGAUCUGCAGCAAUUGGUUCAAGAAGGCUGGCUCUGGACUGUGAUUUCUUCCAAAGUUGAAGAAGAAGUUCCUUCACUGCUGGCAGUUUUACAGCAAGCUUACAACAGUGAGCAUGGUCUGGUGAAGGCCCCCAAUGAAUUGGAAGUUGCAUUGACAAUUGCAACUUUCUACAAGAUGCAAGCUGCUUCAGAGAAGGAUUUGGAUAAAGCAGUGGCACAAGCAGCUGCAAGCAGCUGCUUAACUUGCAGGAUGAUCACAAAAGCUGAUUUUGACAAGCUGAAGAGCAAGAAAGUCAUGCCAUCAGUUCUGGAUAUGGCUGCAAUCAAAACAAAGUUUGAGGAGGACAUUGCGAAUUGUGCAACACAAGCUGCUGCAACUUCUUCAGCACCUACACAUGGAGAAGCUGGCGAAACAAAGGGGACUGUCAAGAGUUUAGCUGAAGCCAGCAAUUCAAAAGCCAUUGCUUUGCAAUCCCACAAGCACAUCAAAGUGGACAAGCUGUACACCUUGAAAAAUGAGCCUGCAAAGGUGUGGAAGUUGCUGGAGCUGACAGAAACAGUUGCAAAGCUGUCUCACAGACCUUUCUUCGCUGACAAGGACGAGCUGAAGGAAAUAAAGUUCUCUGACUUGAGGAACUUGAAAGAAUGGAUCAAAGAUGCACCCCAGCUGAUUGAUGAAGCAGGGCUGGCCACACUCCUCCCUUGCAACUCUGCUGCCUUGGAAGAGGAAUUGGGCAAAGCUCAGGCUUAUUGUGCUUUGGUUGGGAAGUACCAAGAGCUUGGAGACAUGAAUGUCAAAGUGUCCAACCAGCACCAAAUUUUUGCAGGUGCCAAAUUCACCAAAGGGAAGUUGAUUUUGCUGCCUCUGGGUAGCUUGCAAGUGCUUACAGUCGACAAGGUAGGCACCUUGACUAUUCCAUGCUUCACCAACAAGAAGGUUGUUGAAAAGGGCACGCCCCUUUUGGUGGAACCAGCAGAAGAGCAAGGUGCCAAGAAGAAGAAGGUGGCUCAUGUUGAACCUCCACCUGCCUUGCCCAUAGCUUUGAGAAUCUUGCUGGUUUUGGCAAUCAGGCUGUAG